ACUGGUGCUAGAACAACCGUCACUAUGACGCUGCCCGUUGCUUCUCUGUUUGUAUCAGCCGUCUUGGUGAUGAUGGUGGGACCGGAAGGAAGUUACUGCUACCUCAGCUACCCGCCAUCUUGCGCUACUGUGCGGUGUCCAUUGGGUACAGUGUGCAGAAUGCAGCAAGUUCGUUGCUACGGGACACACUGCAACCCCGUGCCCUAUUGUUUCCGAGUGUACACGCAAGUGGCCACUAAAAGACUUUCCUGUACCGCCGUAAUUCAGCCGCCAUCUUGCGCCAAUGUGCGGUGUCCAUCGCGAGGUGUGCAGAAUGCGAAAGGUGGAGUGCUUCACCUCGCCAUGCUACCCUCUACCCACCUGCCAGAAAGAGCAUAGACCAAGCACCACGUGUGACGAUGUUGUGUGUGGACGAGAUGAGACCUGUGUGUUGGGCCCGAAACGUUGCUUCCGAGGAGACUGCAGACGGCUCGCAGUUUGUGUGUCUAUAACCACAGCUUCGACUACAACACCAACAACAA